CCACACCGGCAGGCACCUCGCGUCCCCCACUCCACUCCCCCGCGGCGCCGCUAGGGUUUAACAGCCAUGGCCGCCGCCGCCGCCGCCCGGAGGCUCCUCUCCCGCCGCGCCUCCUCCUCCUCCUCCCUCUCCUCGCUCCUCCGCCGCGCGCCGGCGGGGGCUUCCCCGGAGCACUCGCUGCUGCGCCCGGCCGUCGUCGCGGCGGCCUCCCGCCUCGGCUUCCCGCGCGGGAUGGCGCGGCGGCCGGGCGGGGACGGGUACUCCCCGGCGCGGCCCAGCGGGGGCGGGGACCGCGCGCCCACGGAGAUGGCGCCGCUGUUCCCCGGCUGUGACUACGAGCACUGGCUCAUCGUCAUGGACAAGCCCGGCGGGGAGGGCGCCACCAAGCAGCAGAUGAUCGACUGCUACGUCCAGACGCUCGCCAAGGUCCUCGGAAGCGAGGAGGAGGCGAAGAAGAAGAUCUACAACGUGUCGUGCGAGCGCUACUUCGGGUUCGGGUGCGAGAUAGAUGAGGAGACGUCCAACAAGCUCGAGGGGCUCCCUGGUGUUCUCUUUGUGCUCCCUGAUUCGUAUGUUGACCCCGAGUACAAGGACUAUGGAGCUGAGCUCUUUGUUAACGGGGAGAUUGUUCAAAGGCCCCCAGAGAGGCAGAGGAGAGUAGAACCAGUGCCACAGAGAGCAGCAGAUAGGCCUAGGUACAACGACAGGACCCGCUAUGCCCGUAGGAGGGAGAACCAGCGAUGAGCCGAUCAAAGACAGGAAUAACAAGCCAGAGGUGGUUUCAAUCAUCACAAAUUAAAUGAUAGUAUGACAUGUACUGAAACGGACCAUCUUCUUGUUGCAUGUUCACCUUAUGCAGUCUAGGAUGUUUGGUAUCUGGUGCCGAACUUGAUUGUAUUUUGUGCUCUGUAAUUACUAGAGAUUGAAAGUACCUGGCAUGCAUUGCUACUGGCACACUUCACCAGCCGUUUGCACUUGUAAAUCCACUCCCGUGACUCGAAAUUGUGACUUGUCAGUUCCCACAUAAACUAUGGUUGUUAAAUUGCUCCUUGA